CGACGUAAAAGACGGUAACCACCACCCACCAGUCAAGUCAAGUCAAGAGUUCUCGAAGGAAGGAAACAACUUGGAACUUUGAACAAUAAUAUAAUCGACCUCAACUUAUUCGGGAUGCACGAUGAUUAGCAACCUAUCGGAUACUCCCGAAGUCCUUACUCUGAAGAGUAAACAUGACUGAACCAAUUGAGCUCACUCUGCUUAGUGAAUCACGACUCGAUCCCAGGCCGCACAAUGGCCUUCUCACCUAUAACCCCAGCAUCGAACUCUUUGCCGGCGCGGCUGGGCCACAGACUCUCCAGAUUUGGCGAUCAAAUAGCCAAGUCGUGACCAAGAGCACCCAUCGCGGUGAGCGUGAUAAUGUCGAAGCUCUCUGCUGGAAAGCUGAUGGUCAGUUCCUCGCCGUUGGAUGGAGCGAUGGAGUGGUGAGGUUGAUGGGUCUAGAGACCAAUAAAGCCGUUCACCAGAUGUCCAUAUGCGAAGCAGGCAAGUCUCGGAUCACCUGCAUUGGCUGGGGACGUAACAAUGCUGGAAGACGCCCAAAUUCGGCUUCUAUGGCUUCAUCCCUACCCUUAGAAGACGUUCUGACUACGGGACUAUUUCCAAGUGGUAAAAGGCCUGUCGUGGAUCUUCCUCGAGAGCUUACCUUUCUCGAGGUCGAAACCGCUUUACCAAAGCUUAGUCCUUUACCUGCAUCAGGGGGCUCGGGUGAUGAUUCCUUCGUAUUUACCACCAGAGCUUCGCUAGAGUUUCUGUUCCAGCCCUUCGCCCCUCACGAUAGCGAUAAAGUCGACGUCAUGAUUGUUGGCACCAACGAUGGGCAAAUACAUCUCAGUAUCUACGAUUCAUUUAUCAUUGGGACAUUCAAUUACGUUCUACCUCAGCCUUCGGGGAGAGAUGUCACUUUACAACUGUGCCGCCAUGCUUCUCACCCCGACUUAUCAACGCACAUUCUAGUUUUCAAACCAUCUCAAGGCGACAAGGCAUCAACCAUAUAUCUCAUUCCCAUAGACUUGACUUUCAUACACUCCUCGCCAGAGAACCUGUCCCUCUUAGCUUCUAAGACCACAGCUUUACAGAAGUUGUUAAGAUAUGUUAAGCAGGUGCAGAUGCACAUGGUACAUGAGUGGCAGUCUACUCGAGAACUCCCAACCAGGUUUCUGAAUAGCAUCAACGAGACGCUCCGAGAAUCAGGAAACUAUGGUGAAAUGACCAUCGGACAGGCGUUGUACCAUUCAGUUGUAACAGGCCACACGUUUCCAGAUGUCCGAGAAUGGCUGGUUGACCAGUUAGCGGAGCGAGGUCACAAACGCUGGGAUAAAGCCGUCGUAUCUGGCCUUCAGGCGCUCCGUAGUCUUGUCCAUGAGAAUUUCCUUCCGUCAUUGGAGCGUAUCGGUAUUAUUCUCAGCCGUCUCCUCGGCAUUGCACGAUUCCAUGAGUCGAAGGCCGAGACCGGCUUCACCAGCGCGCAGAUUACUAGAGUAAUGGAUAUUGUAUCCUGCUUAAUGCUAGUGGGCAACAAGAUCCUCUUGCUCGUUAUGGAAGAGCUAGAGUUAUUCCAAUCUUUCUCAGUCUGGCUCCGCCACGAGAUCGAUAGGCUCGCAUCUUCAUCAGGGACAGAUGAGCUAACAGAGAAAGAGGCGACGAUGGAACAUGGGAAAAUUCUAGCCUACAUCCAACAAUACAUGCCUGCUAGUCCUUUGCGAAAUCACCUCAGUAAUGUACCCGCGGAUAACUCAGAGAAAGGUCGCAAGCAGGCUGAAGGUGGAAGCUCUCUAUUAGAAUUGCUUAGCAAGCAGCUCAAGAAGCAGGAGACCGCGCAGCCUGAUGAAAGCGUAUUCUCACAGGUCGAAUUCUUAUGUGGUUACUUAGAUGACAAGGCUGAUGCCAUCUUCGAAGGCAUCGCAGAGGCCGAGAAGCGGAGUGUGCGAUUUGGUCAGCCAACCGCUCUCAAAUUAAAGAACAAUGUCUCGAUGAUCGACGUCACGAUAUCUGUCAUAUCUAAAUCUGAUAUGUCUCAAGCCAUGACGUACACAGCCCUCACAACAGAGAAGGAAGAGCACACCGUGUACAUAUUUCGAACGUCCAUGAGUGUCCUCAAUGGGAUCAGCGGCUCUGUCACUACCGAGGUCUCUUGCAUGGAUCUCGGCGAUGGAACAGUGCUUGAUCUGAAAUUCCUAUAUAACCACAGCCUGCUCGUCCUAUGGGCUCCAAAGGGUCAACCACCGCGGAUUAUCAGAAUACCGCACAAAUCCGACGAGUUGGGCUACCAACCGUAUACUUCUGGGGACAAGGUCGUCCCUCACGUCCUCAGCAACGACCAAGUCACCAGCGUGUUCACGAACAUGACAGUGCCCUGCGACCCAAGCUUUAUGCCAGUGCUCAUGGAGGUCAAGGAGGCUAGCUCGGAACGCGGCAAAAUACCGCCGCGGGUCUGUUUACUGGGAAAUGACUUGCAGACGUAUAAGGUCUUCGCUUUGCCGGAGGAUAAAUUUGGUAGGGUCGAGAAAAGUUAGGAUGAGAUCGCGCAGUGAGAGAUGUCACGCAUGUAUGGCAUUGUUUUCGCUCUAUACAGAGGAAUAUAAUUCGGUUUAUCAAUUAAUAGAUGACGAACCGUGAUGUCAAUUAAUAUGAGAGCCCUAGAGAUUGUUUCGUGAUGUUAGUGGUUUGUGAGUUUGUGG